AUGCGCUGGAUUUUGGGAUUGCGUUCAGUUUCUUCUAUAUCGAAACCAUUUCGUCGAAUUGAAUCCGCGAAACAACUCGCUCGCAGAAUGGCUUCCCUCCCCACCACCUACGACGGGCCUGUCGCAAUUGCUGUCAUCGGCGGCACCGGUCUGCGUGAGUUGCCUGGCUUCACCCAGGUUGCUUCGCUGGAUGUCUCAACUCCCUGGGGCGCUCCCUCCUCGCCCAUCACCAUCCUGCACCACGAGUGCAAGCACAACGGCAAGGUCGUUGCCGUCGCCUUCCUGAGCCGUCACGGUCUGCACCACCAGAUCGCUCCUCACGAGGUUCCCGCCCGUGCCAACAUCGCCGCCCUCCGCUCCAUCGGUGUCCGCAGUAUCAUUGCUUUCUCCGCCGUCGGCAGUUUGCAGGAGGAGAUCAAGCCCCGCGACUUCGUCAUCCCCGACCAGGUCAUUGACCGCACCAAGGGUGUCCGCCCGUGGACUUUCUUCGAGGGCGGUGUUGUGGCCCACGUCCCCUUCGGCGAUCCCUUCGAUGAGGGUAUUGCCAAGGUUGUCCGCGAGUGCGGACACAGCCUGGAGGGUGACGGUGUCGUCCUGCACGACCGUGGCACUCUGAUCUGCAUGGAGGGCCCCCAGUUCUCCACUCGCGCUGAGAGCAAGAUGUACCGUUCAUGGGGCGGCAGCGUCAUCAACAUGUCCGCCCUUCCCGAGGCCAAGUUGGCCCGCGAGGCCGAGAUUGCCUACCAGAUGAUUUGCAUGUCCACCGAUUACGACUGCUGGCACGAGGGUACCGCCGAUGUGACUGUCGAGAUGGUCAUGGGCAACAUGAAGUCCAACGCCGACAACGCUCGCCGUUUCGUGACUGCUGUUCUCGAUGCCCUCGCCAGCGAGGAACACACUGACCUGGUCAAUGCUAAGCACCUGGCUGGUGGUAUUAAGUUCGGUGUCAGCACCCCCCAGACUAACUGGAAGCCUGAGGCCAAGGAGAAGCUCGACUGGCUUUUCCCUGGGUACUGGUAG